UAUACAGCAUUACAUGGAUAAACUGGGAGAUCAACGACAGCAAUGUCAACACACAAGUACAGUGUCACCAACUUAUCUACAUAGGCUCGAAAAAUGUAAUAUUUUUGUUUAACUGUUCAAAGCACUUGCAACUGCAUGAUACAGGACAUCCAAGAUAACACCAAGACAGAAGGUUUCAUCAAAGAUAUCGUCUACUAUUAGACAUUCUCAGAUCUUUUGCAAGUCGUAUGCAUUCUGACUAAUCUAUAUUCACUUCAGUCUUGCAUUUCUGAAAGACUGAUCCAAAAUUAUGUAUUUAUUUUUAAAAUUAUGACUGCAAUCGCUGUUGUCGUCGUUUUUAUCAUUUAGAGUUUAAUAAGCAUUAUCUAAACCUAGGAUUUAAGUCGUAAUUCCCGCCCUCAAAAAUUAAACGUUUUACCUUGCCUUUAUAAUUCUGCCAUGCUUCUGUUCUCAUCCAUUGAGUUUUCUUUCGCGAUCUUGUUUUGACGAGCGAUGUGUUUCACGUGCACCGUGUUGGUUUUACGCGCUACGAGGAACUCGGCUCAGAUUUUAUUAACGACACGUUUAUGAACAAUCAAAUGGUCCUCGUAAAAAUUUAUUGAAGGACAUAAAAAAACAUGAACGACCACUUGCGAAUGUAGCUGCGCCAGUGCGAAUGUUUUUAGGCAUCUUACGAUUCCCACUCCUCCAAAAAUGUUAAAAUUCAUUUUACAAGGGAUAGCUUCCCAUAUCUGCGCAAGAGUUUAACUAUUAUUUCGGCGUAUUCGAGGCACACAGCUACAGAACCUCUUGAUCUUUUUAUUGAAAAGCUCCCUCCUCAAAAUGAAUUAAGACGUAUUUUGUUUAGCUAAUAGCAGGCACAUCAUUAAACACACAAAGGAGGAGACCCGUUCAAGACAGUGUGUGGUAUUUUAAUCUACUAUCGCCUUACCAGAUAUGAACAUCACACUUAAAAGAACGUUACAUAGUUUUCUAGACAGAGAUUAAUUACACCAACAAAUAGUGCCCUCUAUUUGCUUGCCAACGUACCUCGCGUUCCAAAACGGUGAUGUAGCUCUUGGAGGUUUUUUAAAUAAGACACGAGAAAAUAAUUCGUUACCAUUUGGAGACUAUAGUUUUGCCACUUUAAAGCCACCUGCUACAUAAACGCCUCUGUGAUGUCCCUAAGCACAUCACUUUCCCUGAAGGUUUCGCGCAUUGAUCCACUGUGUAAUUUUUUGCGGUAAAUAUAAUCACGUGUUGCACGGUCGACCAAUGGGAGCUAAAGGAGCCCGGAGAAAUAAUUACCUGGCUUGAUUGUUCUAUGGGCAGAUAAAAAAAGUACACAUACACUCCAUAUAAUAAUCGGAUGCAUGUAUAAGAGACGAGAGGCUUCGUCAUGUCGACCACGGGUCCCAUAAGCAAUUAUUAUGUGGAUUCCUUGAUAAACCAUGAAAGCGAGGAGGUGCUGGCGACUAGAUUUUCGGCUCCCGACUUGCUUCCCGCGAGCUCCCGUCAAGCGUCGCUUGUACCGGAGUGUUCCGAUUUUCCUUCUUGCAGCUUUGCUCCGAAACCAACCGUUUUUACAACCUCGUGGGGCCCAGUCCACUCUCAAUCCUCAGUGGUUUACCACCCGUACACUCACCAACCUCACUUAGGAACGGACUCCAGGUACGUGCGCUCAUGGCUGGAGCCUUUAUCCGGUGCCGUAUCCUUCCCAAGCUAUCCGACGAGCGGCAGGCACUAUGGGCUGAAACCUGACGCCAUCUCGGAGCGCAGAGCCGCAGACUGUCUGGCCUCCAACGGACGCAGCUACUCGGACUAUAUCUACGGCUCAUCCGCUGACAUCCGAGAUAAGGCUCAUCAGAAUAUCUCCUCUCCGGAGUCUGAGGUUUUGGCUUCCGGAAAGCACAAAGACGACAAACCUGAAUUAGACCCGAAUCGCGGCUGUGCUGACAGCAGGCUACUCGUACUGGGAAGAGCAAGAGCCAGUCAUAUAACCCCGUGUCGAACUGGAUCCACGCGCGCUCCACCAGGAAGAAGCGUUGUCCAUACACAAAAUACCAGACACUUGAACUCGAAAAGGAGUUUUUGUUCAAUAUGUAUCUUACCAGGGACCGUCGAUACGAAGUUGCCCGAGUCCUAAAUUUAACAGAGCGGCAGGUUAAAAUCUGGUUCCAGAAUCGACGAAUGAAGAUGAAGAAAAUGAAUAAAGAAAAGACCGAGGUCAACGAACAGUAAUACGAAAACACCGAGGGCAAUGGACAGUAAUGCCCGAUGGCUGGUGUACAUGGCAGGACAAACAGAGGAGCGCAUUCGGAAACAUACAAAUAACAGACUGGAUAGCAGGAAGCUGUCUCCCUCUUUAUAUUGCCUCAAAUUACCCUUUGAUUCUUAUCUUUAUUUCACAUUUUGUUAUAUUCCACAUAAUGUAAACUCUUUUUCUAUACACAGUUUAUUGACAUCAGAUAUGCUGUACACCUUGGCCCGGGUUUAGAAUGACGCUAUUGUGAGGCGUAUGCGAAUUGAAUUUUUACGUUCAUUUGGGGUUUAAAAAAAAAAAAUAGCCUACAUUAUGGGGUGAAAGAAAUACAUUUUCAAAAAGAGAAAGGUGGGGCCGGAGGAAAGUACUUGAAUUUUUUGUUGGUAAAUUAUGUCGCCUUGCUUGUUUCAUUUUAGUUGGUGCUUAUUAUGAAGUUAUGCAAAAUUGCAUAUUUUGUACAGAAAAAUAGAACAGCAAAAUGGCAGUAACGUUUGUCUGUGUUUGCGUCAAUGUGGGAAUAGAUUUUUGAUGUACCCAUUGUUGGAUUUUUGCAUUCUUAUCUCUAGAUUCUGUAAAGUUAUGUUAUAUUGUAGUUGUGGUUAUAUUUAAAUAUACCGUACAUCACCAAA